GAAUAUGAAUUGUUCGUUUCAUCAUAUGCCAUUUUAAACCCUAUCUCUUUCUUUCUCUCAAUUGUGAUCCCUUUUCAUUUGUCCUUUUUCUUUCUGAAAAAAUGGGGCCAUGUUUUGUAUGGAAUGACUAUAUAUUUUCAUCAACUGCAGAUAUAUGUUACAGUGACGAGUGGAUCCUUAGCCAUUGCAGCAUCGACACUAGAUUCAUUGCUAGAUCUAAUGGCUGGUGGUAUACUUUGGUUCACACAUUUUUCAAUGAAAACUAUAAAUAUCUACAAGAAUCCUAUUGGAAAGUUGAGAAUGCAACCAGUAGGCAUUAUCAUCUUCGCUGCUAUCAUGGCUACACUUGACCAUUUAUUAAUGUUUCUCAGGAAAUAAUUAUUGUACGGAAUGUGCACCAUUAUGUGUGUGUAUCUAUAUAUAUAUAUGUAUAUGUAUAUAUAUUGUUUACUAUAUAUAUAAAACUUACUCUCUGACAUAGUUGAUCAUGAUGAGCUCAUGAGAUGAUUAAAUGAUACCGUAGCCCCAUCCGUACAGGCUUUCAAGUGCUUGUCCAGGCUGUAGAACAACUGAUCAAAGGGCAACCUUCUGAGAAAAUGACCUCGGAGCAUUUGGUCUAGUUGUAUGCAAUAAUGCUAACAGCUGCUGGAGUGAAACUUGCCCUUUGGUUUUACUGUAGCAGCUCAGGAAACAAAAUUGCCCGUGCCUAUGCAAAGGACCAUUACUUUGAUGUGGUAACAAAUGUAGUUGGUUUGGUUUUAGGUGGAUUGACCAAUUGGUGCAAUAAUCCUUGCACUUAUACAAUUUCAAAUUGGACUGGAACUGUAUAGGAAAAUGCAGUCUUUCUAGUUGGACAAUCUGCUCCUCCCGAAGUCCUGCAGAAACUCACAUAACUUGUCCUAGGGCACCACCCAAAAAUUAAACGUGUUGACACGGUCGUGCUUACACCUUUGGUGUUCUUUAUUUUGUUGAGAGACCUAGAACAAGAAGGGAUACGGGUGAUCAACAAGAAUAGACGCAGGGGAUAUAAAUCAUAGACUGACCAGAGGAUCUUUGAAAAGAUUGGUCGUGACUUCUUUGGGUUCAGUUUUCACUGUCAAAUAGGCACUUAGUGCUGAAGUUGCUCCUCUGAUACAAGGAGUAUCCCCAGAAGGGAGUAGACGAAUUUUUUUCCAUGAAUUCCUUCUGUUCACCUACUUCUCUUCUCCUUCCGUCACCUAGACGGCGGUUCACACCUUGUCUUCAAGUGCAACCACAAAAUUUAUGCACAAACUUUCAUCAUUAUCGUGUUCAUCACUCCUUUCCACAUUUUCUCUCAUUUCAAUUCAUUCCACAUCAUUCACUACUUACUCAUAAGUUAUCCACUGGUGCUACAGUUCCUUCAAAUGAAGGAACAGUGUCUGUGAUUAACUUAGAAGACUUUGUUGAAAAAGAUUGGUCAUUUCUUGAUUCAGAUAAAUUUGUAUCUGGAGAUGAGCUUAACAGAAAGAUUGAACACAUUAUUACUGCGGGACAGAUUGAAGAAACUUCUAAGGUUUUGGUUUCAAUUGGUUCUGAAGGAUUUAUAGAUCGGUUGGUUGAUUCAUCACCAUGCAAUCUUUUGCUUGUCGUCCAUGAUUCACUUUUUCUGUUAGCUGGCAUCAAAGAAAAAUAUGACAAUGUUAAGUGUUGGCAAGGAGAACUUAUAUAUGUACCAGAGAAGUGGGCGCCACUAGAUGUUGUGUUCCUCUAUUUUCUGCCUGCUUUACCCUUCAAACUCGACCAGGUCUUUGAAGCACUUGCAAAAUGCUGUUUGCCUGGUGCACGGGUGGUUAUCAGCCAUCCCAAAGGAAGGGAAGUCUUAGAGCAGCAGCAACAACAGUAUCCGGAUGUCAUAAUUUCAGAUUUGCCCGAUAAGACGACUUUACAGAAAGUUGCAGCUAAUCAUUCUUUUGACAUGGUUGAAUUUUUAGAUGAGCCCGGUUUUUAUCUUGCUGUUUUGAAGUUCUCUUAGGCGAGAAACUGAAAACAGAAUUGUACCUAAACAAAACUUGAAUUUCUGUGUCAUUAAAGGGUUUCAUCACGAUUUCAU